CUUAGAGAUGAAAAGAAUGAAUACUUGUAUGAAGGCGUUGAUGCAAGAGUUAUAGAAUAUGAGGACAACAGGCCCCUCUUAGAUAUGUUUCUGCAGAAACCAAUGGGUUUAUUGUCCCUGCUGGAUGAGGAGAGUCGAUUCCCACAAGCAACAGAUCAGACACUUGUAGAAAAAUUUGAAGAUAAUUUGAAGUCAAAAUAUUUUUGGAGACCCAAAAGAGUAGAUCUAACCUUUGGGAUUUAUCAUUAUGCAGGAAAGGUUCUAUAUAAUGCAAGCGGAUUCCUAGCCAAAAAUAGAGAUACUCUGCCAGCUGAUAUUGUGCUGCUAUUGCGAUCAUCUGAAAACAAUCUGACGCGACAGUUGGUAACCCAUCCUCUUACAAAAACAGGUAACCUGGCACACACUAAAAGCAAAACUACAAUCAGUUACCAAAUGUGGACCCCCCAGAAAUCAAUCAGUCACACAAAGAAUGAAGCAGGAGAUACCGGACAUCAUCCAAGAGAGACAACGAGCAUGAAAACACAGACAGUUGCUUCUUAUUUUAGAUAUUCUCUGAUGGAUCUGUUAUCCAAAAUGGUUGUCGGCCAGCCUCAUUUUGUCAGGUGCAUCAAGCCAAACAAUGACCGGCAAGCAAACAAGUUUGAUAAAGAGAAAGUGUUGGUUCAGCUACGUUACACAGGAAUUCUGGAGACGGCAAGAAUUCGAAGACAGGGUUAUUCACACCGUAUACUGUUCGCUAACUUCAUAAAACGGUAUUACCUCAUCUGUUACAAAACAAAUGAUGAUCCUCCAGUCAGCCCGGAAACCUGUGCUGCCAUCCUGGAAAAAGCCCACCUUGACAACUGGGUUCUUGGAAAAACUAAAGUAUUCCUCAAAUACUAUCAUGUGGAGCAGCUAAAUUUAAUGCGGAAGGAGACAGUUGACAUGAUUAUUUUGAUUCAAGCUUGUGUCAGAGGGUGGCUGGGUUCAAGGAGAUACAAAAGGAUAAAGGAACAAAGGGAACAAAGUGCUAUUAAAAUACAGUCAGUUGUCAGAGGCUACUUACUCAGGAAGAAGAGAAAAGAACUAACAGAGACAAGAAACAAAGCAGCAAUAACAAUUCAGUCUCACUACAGGGGAUACAAAGAGAGGAAGAUCUUCAAAAGCAGGAGGGAAUCACUUAGCAAGAAACAAACUGCAAAUGCAGCAUCCAGUAGUGAAAAGGAAAAGGAAGAACUUCAAGAUAAUGAGGAAAGUCCAGCUGGAGUGAGGAGUGCCCUUCCUAAAACAGAAGAAGAAGCAGCUGUCAUUGUUCAGAGCCAUUACAGAGGCUACAGAGUCCGUAAAAAAAUAAAGGAAGAGUGCGAAAAAAUAGCAGAGGAAGAAUUAUCUGCUGUGGAGUUCCUUGAAGCACAACUACAGCCAGCUCAAAAUGAUACCAUGGAAGAAGCAGCAAACGAGGAGACUCAAGAUGAAACUGAUGCUGUUACUGACAGCGAGUUCUCUGGGUACAGUGACACAGGGAAUGUACAGGAGCAACAGAAAACAUCUACUGAAGGAGGGGGAGCUUCUGUGAAGCAGAACCCUGCAGUAGAACAUGUUGGUGAAAGUGAAGAACAGGCCUCUCUGGAAGAGCUGUCCAGGAAAUCUUCUGUCAAAAUCACAGCUGAACCGGGAGCCCUGCAAGAGCAAAAUCGUCAUGACAUGCUCAGUGCAGAUGGGCAAAAUCAAGAAUCUGCUGUGAUCCAGCCCCGGACUGACAGGGAUGUAGAAAGAAACCACCUGAAACGUGAAGCAGUGAUGCCUACAGGAUGUAAAGGAAUUAUAAGAAAAGAGUCACUAAGAGGCUCACGGAAGCAAGUUGAGGCACUAAAACAAGGUUCAGAAGACAAAGAGAAGGCAGCAGUGGUUAUUCAGAGCAGUUACCGGGGUUACAGAAGGAGGGGACAACUCAGAAAAGAAGGGAAACUACCUUGCAAAAGUCAAGAGAAAACUAUAGAGGAGCCAACAGAAGUAAAACAAGUUCAAAAUCAUGAUCCCCAAACAACAAAAGAUAGGGAAGGCACUGGUACAGAGGCUGAAGACUCUAAGACACUGAAGGGAGACUCAGAGAAAGACGCUUGUGAUCUGGCAGCCUUUUCACGGCAG